UGAAUGAGAAGCAAAGAGAAUCCACAACAUCGGCAAGUGAACAGAAACAAAAGGAGAAGAUCCACCUCAAACUCCUCUCCCCAGCCUGCUUCUACCUCUCCUCUUCUUCUUUUCUUCUCUCUGCAGCCUUCCCCUCGUUAAAAAUCUUACCUUUAACCAAAUCUGGUUCAUAGAAGAGAAGGCCCGUAUCACCAAAUAAGCAUAAUUAUAACAGAGUUGAGAGAGAGAGAACAUAGAAGGAUGAUAGAAGAAGAAGAGCCCAACUGGCUCACUAGGAGGGAGGAGUUACCGAGACCCGAGGAACUGAUGCCACUUUACCAAUCUCUAAUCACUCCCGACCUCGCCCUCGCCUUCGACAUACUAACUCCAAACCCUAGCGCGGCACCUGGCCUUAACGCCCAUGAUACUGCGGCGAACCACCACCCUGCGCAAGCGCUGCUUGGGGUGCCGGACUUCGAAUCCCCGAACCACUCGAGUCCCGCCGGCAGCGGCUCCGGCGGCAAUGAGCUUGCACGCACGUUGAAGCGACCGAGACUGGUGUGGACGCCGCAGCUCCAUAAGCGAUUCGUGGACGCGGUAGCCCAUCUUGGGAUCAAGAACGCCGUUCCCAAGACCAUAAUGCAGCUUAUGAGCGUCGAUGGUCUCACUCGUGAGAACGUCGCCAGUCACUUACAAAAGUAUCGCCUUUAUCUUAAACGGAUGCAGGGACUCAGCUCCGCCGGCCCUCCCUGUCCGAUGUCGGCAGCUGAUGCUGCCACCGAGCAGCUCUUCGCCAGCACCCCUAUUCACAACCCCUUCCUGGCCCGUGGCGCCUCCGGAACUGGGCAAGAGUCGUUUAUGCAGUUUAUGGCUCCCCCAUUGCUUCAGCAUCAUCAACAUAUAGCAGCUGCCGCUUCUUUGGCUCAACAGCGGUUCUACCACCAGACACAACAUUUUGGGUCGCCAAUGGCAACCGGCGUAGGCUAUGAUUAUGGAUUCCCGACAAUGACGGGGGGUUCUGGAUUGGGUAUGCGGCACUCCUCGCCCUUGGCUGUUCCACCAAAUUCUUAUGGAGAAGGUAUUGAUUCAGGAUCAAGGAGGAGAGUUCUAACUCUCUUUCCCUCUGGCAGUGAAGAUUGAGAAUAAGAUGAGUAUUUACCCAGAAUCAUCCUUCACAUUAUUGGUUGAAGUUAUCUUUAUUACGUAUUAGCCUGCUUUCCAUGUUCUGGUAGUUCUAUUUUCUGAUUUGAGGUCUCACUCUCUUCCUGCUUUAAGCUGUUUGUUGCUACUUCUAUUCUUGGAUCUUACAGCCCACUGUAAUAUUUGUUACGAUUCCUUAUUUACUGGGAGGGUUCCUCUUGUAUAGACCAGUAGAGUGAUAUGGAUACCUAAAUUACCCUGUUCUUUGCUGUUCUCCAACAGGUGUCAAUUGUGGGAAAUAUACUUCAGAUUUUUUGUUUUGCUUGCAUUUAAAAUCUUAAUGGACUUUCUUGUUUCUUCCUUUGUUGUA